AGAGAAUCAGAAGUCUAUAAAUACGAAAGCUCAUCUCCUUCAAUUUCUCUCCCUUCUUCCUUCCUUCGGCCUCCUCUUCCUAAAGUUCCCUUAUUUUUCUGCGCAAAUUUUUAGGGUUUCUUUUUUUUUUUUUUUUUUUCGUAAAAGAAAAAAAAAAUCCCUAAUCUUCCUCUUCCUGACUGAUAUCUUCUCCUUUCGCAAUCCCUGGGAUUUUGUUUCCGCGAAGGAGAAAAAAUCUGCAUUUUCUUCGAGAUUCCCUAAGCUCUGUUUUUGUGUGUUUUAUUUACACACUGCUCCCUUUUUGAAUCAGGUUUGUAGUUGAAGUUCAAGGUCUGUCUGAGAGCCCUUUUUUUCUGUGGUAAAAGCUGUGUAACAUUUGAAGAUCUAGAGAUGAUAAGUUUCUUUUAAUGGACGGUUUACAAACAAGCAGUGAUAAGAAAACACUAAAGAGGUGGUUUUUCAUUGACAAAAGAGUUGGAUAGUUACGGAAGUGUGUGUUUUAGAAGAAAGCCAUCGAGAUACUUUCUCAUUUUGAAGCAUCUUUUUUUGGUUUGGGAGUUUCGAUGGAUUUGAAUAUAAACAAGACGAGUCCUGUUCUUAGUGACCCUACUACACCAGUCAGUAAAUCAAGACUCGGAUCAUCAUUCCCUUCAGGAAGAUUCAUGAUGAAUUCUAGGAAGAAGAUUCCUAAACUCGAUGAUGUUAGAUCCAACGGUUGGUUGGACGCUAUGAUAUCCUCUUCCCCACCUCGUAAGAGGCUUGUCAAGGAUUUCAACAUUGAGAUUGCUCCUGAAGAUGAUUUUGCUCUACGGGCCUGGAUGCUCAAGUAUCCUUCAGCGAUUAGCUCGUUUGCUCAUAUUGCUGCUCAAGCAAAGAACAAGAAGAUAGCUGUGUUUCUUGAUUAUGAUGGAACGCUUUCCCCAAUUGUCGAUGACCCUGAUCGUGCCAUCAUGUCUGAUGCGAUGCGUGCUGCUGUUAAAGAUGUCGCCAAGUACUUCCCAACAGCAAUCAUUAGUGGUAGAAGCCGUGACAAGGUCUACCAAUUGGUAGGACUAACUGAACUCUAUUACGCGGGUAGUCAUGGGAUGGACAUAAUGACUCCUGUAAACCUAAAUGGGUCACCUGAAGACCCCAACUGUAUAAAAUCCACUGACCAACAGGGUGAGGAGGUAAACCUCUUUCAGCCUGCUAAAGAGUUCAUACCCAUCAUCGAAGAGGUUUACAAUAGCCUCGUUGAGAUAACUAAAUGUAUCAAAGGUGCAAAAGUAGAGAACCACAAGUUUUGCGCCUCAGUACAUUACCGUAAUGUUGACAAGAAGGACUGGCCACUCGUUGCACAACGUGUUCAUGACCACCUGAAAAAGUACCCUCGCCUGCGUCUAACUCACGGCAGAAAGGUUUUGGAAGUUCGUCCUGUGAUCGAGUGGAACAAAGGAAAAGCAGUCGAGUUUCUGUUAGAAUCUCUUGGAUUAAGCAACAACGACGAGUUUCUUCCGAUCUUUAUCGGAGAUGAUAGGACUGAUGAAGAUGCAUUUAAGGUACUAAGAGAAGGGAACAAAGGAUUUGGAAUAUUGGUAUCGUCCGUACCAAAAGAAAGCAAUGCAUUCUACUCUCUUAGAGACCCUUCCGAGGUUAAGAAGUUUCUUAAGACUUUGGUGAAAUGGGGCAAGAUGGAAAACUCUACAUCAAGUUUUUGAUGAUUGUGUAGGAGAAUCAGAAGCUUCAUUCUACACUACUUUUAUUAUUUCUUUUUUCUAAUUUUCUUUACCCCUUUUAGAUUUCUUUUUUCCUUCUUCACAUUCUACUUUUUAAUAUCUUAAUUUAUCAUUUUGCCAUAUUAUCCAUUAAUUAAGAUGUAUUAAAAUUACAACUCUUUUCGUAAUUCAUUUCACAAUUAUCUCGAGGGAAUUAUCCUGAUUUGUAUUAAAAUGGUACUA